AUGGAGUCUUUACAGGUAGAUAACCCUCAGCCAGAACCACAAACCCCAAGACUCCUCCUGAAACUCAUCAGCGCUGGAUUCGCGUUUUUCGUAGCUGGCGUUAAUGAUGGGAGCUUGGGAUCGCUGAUUCCGUAUAUUCGAGAAGCCUACCACAUAGACACCAAUAUGGUGGCUAUUGUGUACGGCACGACCUUUUGUGGUUGGUUCUUUGCCGCUCUCUCUAAUAGUCAUCUAAGCCAGUACCUGGACCUUGGCGUGUUCUUGGUCAUGGGUGCGACAUUACAAGUCCUAGCUCAUGCCCUGAGAACCUGGCUGCCUCCAUUCCCCCUAUUUGCCGUGACAUUUUUCUUUGCCAGUCUUGGCCAAGCGUACCAGGACACGUACGCGAACACGUUUGUGGCGUCGGUAAAAGCAGCGCAUCGAUGGCUCGGGUUUAUUCAUGCGAUGUAUAUGGCAGGAUGUCUCGCCGGACCCUUCAUCUCCACAGGAGUAGCAUCGGCAGGAGCACGGUCACGUUGGGAGUUAUUCUACACAGCGCCUUUAGGACUAGGAGUCAUCAACUUUGCCCUGGUGGUGUUCGCAUUCCGUGAGUCGUUGGCCUUCAAGCGUCCUACACAGGGUGAGAUGGAGUCCCCCCAGGAAGCAAGACAAAAGGGCGCCAUGCAAGAGAUACAGAAGACUCUGGCGCAGCCGAGCGUGUGGAUACUGAGCUUGUAUUUCUUCUUUUUCCUUGGUGCCGUUAUCACUGCUGGAGGUUGGAUUGUGGAAUACCUGGUCCACGUCCGCAAUGGCGAUCUGAACGACAUGGGAUAUGUCCCUGCCGGCUUUUACGGUGGCGGUUUCUUAGGCCGACUAAUAUUGGCUGAACCGACCUAUCGCUGGGGAGAGCGACGGAUGGUGUUUAUCUAUGUGUUGCUAUGUGUGGGAUUAGAAUUGGUAUUCUGGCUCGUCCCUAAUAUCAUCACUGAAGCAGUGGCCAUCAGUCUUCUCGGCUUCUUCUCCGGUCCUUUCUUUGCUACAGGUAUCUCGGUCGCAUCGAAACUAUUCACAGUGGACAUUCGUUCAUCGGCACUUGCUGUUACUGGUAUCAUGGCGGCCAAGGUCGGUGUAUCAGUGCUGCAGCCUAUGCUAGUCGGGCUGCUCGGCGCCACUGGUGUUUCCUGGCUGAUGCUCCCCAAAUCUCGGUUGCAUCACGAUUGA